AUGGAGCCCACCGUGGGCGGUGAGAUGGAGAGUGGAGAUGGCGCGGCAACAGGAGAGUGCGUGAAUAGGAUCCCGGUGCCAAGACCUCCCUCCAUUGAGGAGUUCACCAUAGUGAAGCCUAUUAGCCGCGGCGCCUUUGGGAAGGUGUAUCUGGGGCAGAAAGGCAACAGGUUGUAUGCGGUGAAGGUUGUCAAAAAGGCAGACAUGAUCAACAAAAAUAUGACUCAUCAAGUACAAGCUGAGAGGGACGCGCUGGCCCUAAGCAAAAGUCCUUUCAUUGUCCAUUUGUACUAUUCCCUGCAGUCAGCAAACAAUGUCUACUUGGUAAUGGAGUAUCUCAUUGGUGGAGAUGUCAAGUCCCUUCUACAUAUCUAUGGCUAUUUUGAUGAAGAGAUGGCCGUGAAAUAUAUAUCUGAAGUUGCAUUGGCUCUAGACUACCUUCAUAGACAUGGAAUCAUUCACAGGGAUUUGAAGCCAGACAAUAUGCUUAUUUCUAAUGAAGGUCAUAUUAAACUAACAGAUUUUGGCCUUUCCAAAGUUACUUUAAAUAGAGAUAUCAACAUGAUGGAUAUUCUUACAACACCAUCCAUGGCAAAACCUAGACAGGAUUAUUCGAGAACCCCAGGACAAGUAUUAUCUCUCAUCAGCUCUUUGGGAUUUCACACACCAAUUGCAGAAGAAAAUCACGACUCUGCAAAUGUUCUUUCGACUCAUGUAUCUGAAACAUCACCACUUUCUCAAGGACUAACUUGUCCUAUGUCCAUAGAUCAAAAGGACAUUACUCCUUAUUCUAGCAAGCUACUAAAAUCAUGUCCUGAAAUGGUUGCCUCCCACCCCGGGAUGCCCGUGAAGUGUCUAACUUCCCACCUCCUCCAGUCUAGGAAGAGGCUGGCAACAUCCAGCACCAGCAGUCCAUCCCAUACCUUCAUAUCCAGCGUGGACUCCGAGUGCCACAGCAGUCCCAGAUGGGAAAAGGAUUGCCAGGAAAGUGACGAUGCAGCAGGCUCUACGAUGAUGAGUUGGAAUACAGUUGAAAAGCCUUUAUGCACAAAAUCUGUAGAUGCCAUGGAGACCAAAAGUUGGAAUGAAAGGGAUCUUGAGUUAGCUCUUUCUCCCAUUCACAGCAGCAGUGUCGUUCCUGCCACUGGAAACUCUUAUGUUAACCUUGCUAAAAAAUGUUCUUCAGGGGAAGUUGCUUGGGAAGCAAGAGAACUAGAUGUAAAUAAUAUCAACAUGACUGCUGACACAAGCCAGUCUUGUUUCCAUGAGUCAAGUCAGUGGACUGUGAAUUCUGGUGGGAUGACUGAAGAGCACCUUGGGAAAAGAAGUUGUAAAAGAAUUUUUGAAUUAGUUGACUCCAGUCCUCGUCAGGGAAUUAUACCAAAUAAAAAAAGUUGCUUCGAGUAUGAGUGUAGUAAUGAAAUGAGAGAUUGUUAUGCAACUCAAAAGACAGGCUUAACAUUUGAAGUCCAGGACCUUAAGCGGUUGGUAUACAGAGAUCAGCAAAAUGACUGUGUGAAUAAGGAGAAUGUGGGCAAUUCUUUUACUGAUAAACACCAAACCCCAGAAAAACCAGCUGUCCCAGUGAUAGAAAAAAACCUUAUGUGUGAGCUGGAUGACGAUUGUGACAAGAAUAGUAAGAAGGACUACUUAAGUUCUAGUUUCCUGUGUUCUGAUGGCGAUAGAAGUCCUAAAAGUAUUCACAUGGACUCUGAUUCAUCUUUUCCUGGAAUUUCCAUCAUGGAAAGUCCAUUAGGAGGGCAGUCUUUAGAUCUAGAUAAAAACAUCAAAGAAUCCUCUUUGGAAGAAUCAAAUAUUGAAGACCUACUUCCUGUAUCACCCAGCUGCCAAGAAAGUACCUUGCCAAAAGGUGUUGAGUGCCCUACCAUCCAAGACAGCAACCAAAAAAUGUUGGCUCCUUCUUCAGAGGUCUUAAAACCAUUAACCUCUAAAAGAAAUGCUGUGGCAUUUCGGAGUUUUAACAGUCACAUUAAUGCUUCCAAUAGCUCCGAACCUUCUAAGAUGAGCGUCACUUCUUUAGAUAUGAUGGAUAUUUCGUGUGCCUAUAGUGGGUCAUAUCCCACGGCUAUCACCCCUACUCAGAAAGAAAGAUCCUACAUGCCAUAUCAGCAGACCCCAAAUCAGGUCAAAUCAGAAACUCCAUACCGAACUCCAAAGAGUGUGAGAAGAGGGGCAGCCCCAGUGGACGACGGGCGAAUCCUGGGAACACCAGACUACCUCGCACCCGAGCUGCUGUUAGCCAGGGCCCAUGGAUUUCUGACUUCAGGUCCUGCAGUAGACUGGUGGGCCCUUGGAGUUUGCUUGUUUGAGUUCCUAACAGGAAUUCCCCCUUUCAAUGAUGAAACACCACAGCAAGUAUUCCAGAAUAUUCUGAAAAGAGAUAUCCCUUGGCCUGAAGGUGAAGAAAAGUUAUCUGAUAAUGCUCAAAGUGCUGUGGACAUACUUUUAACCAUUGACGAUACAAAGAGAGCAGGAAUGAAAGAGCUGAAACAUCAUCCUCUCUUCAGUGGUGUGGACUGGGAAAAUCUACAGCAUCAAAAAAUGCCUUUCAUACCCCAACCAGAUGACGAAACAGAUACAUCUUAUUUUGAAGCCAGGAAUAAUGCUCAGCACCUGACGGUAUCUGGAUUUAGCCUUUAG